AUGGAGGUUGAUCGGAGUAAGUUGAAGGAGGUCGAGACGGACCAAGAAAGCGAGGGAUCGUCGGAAGAAAUGAUCGAGUCUCCGAGAUCGGUGGCCAAGGUCCGGCGAUUGAAUAACUGCAGCAAUUUCGAAUAUGCAGAGGCAGAAAGAACCAUAGUUCUCGAGAGAAAGCGGAAAAAAGAACAAAAGGAAGAGGCUGAAAAGCAUCUUUGCCUUCAAAAACAACGGAUUGUGUCUAAAAAUCCGAGACUACUUACAGCACUUCUUGAACAAAUCUCUGGGUCCGAUGAACUCAAGAGAGAGUACGGGGAACUGGUAGAACAAAAAGCCGGAGGUGAAGAAAAAUCCACACCUGUAUAUGAGACAGAAAGAACCAUAGUUCUCGAGAGAAAGUGGAAAAAGGAACAAAAGGAAGAGGCCGGAAAGCAUAUUUGCUUGCAAAAACAACGGGGUAAUGUGAAAUCAAUUGUGUCUAAAAAUCCCAGACUACUUACAGCACUUCUUGAACAAAUCUCUGGGUCCGAUGAACUCAAGAGAGAGUAUGGGGAUCUGGAAGAACAAAAAUCCAGAGCUGAAGAAAAAUCUGCACCUUUAUAUCAGAAAGAAAGAACCAUACUUCUGGAGAGAAAGCGGAAGAAACAACUGAUUGGAGUGGUGCAAAGCCAAAACGCUUUUGGGAAUCGCUUUCCAAUGGCUCAUUGCACUCGGUUUGCCAUCCCCCUUUUGCUGCUUCUGCCCCGGCGAGUUGCUGCCACCAUCCUAAACCAACCACAUCUGCUUCUGCCCCAGAAUGUGAUGAAUCUGCCUAACUUAGUUCCCUCUGGGAUGCAGUUGAUGGGCAUGAAGAGCUGGGAUGGAGCGGCACAGAUGGUACAUGGUAAGAAAAUUGUAUAUUUUCACAUCUGUAGACUCCAUUGUAACAUCCUUGACAAUAUCUGACCAUUCACAGUUGGUCCAUUGGUGGUAUGCUGAAAUCACAAUCUUGCUCGAGUAAAA